AUGAAGGAAACAAAAGCAGCAUUUGUAGACAUUGGCACAGGUUAUUCAUGUGGCUUUGCAGGGAAGCUAUGGCCUUCCCACAUCCUCUCAUGCACAGCUGGUAAGCCCAUACAGGAGACUGAGAUAAGACAUGGCAGUGGUGGACUGAAACUGUCCCAAGAUACUUUGGAGUGUAUUUUGCAGGUGAAGAUUCAGCUGGAGGACUAUGCCACGCUGUUCUGGUGUCAGUGUCCAAUUACUGAUAAGGAGAGAGAUGAUGAGAUGAAGUUUGAAGAAUCUGCUGUCCUUGUUGCCCACCAGUCUUAUUUAUCCAUGUACUCUUAUGGAAAAACCUCAGCUCUUGUGGUGGAAAGGGGCCAUGGCACUCUGCAUGUGUCUCCCCAUCCAUGAAGGUUAUGUUACAUGUAGCAUCACUGAGAUUAUGGUAGCUUAGAUGUCACAUGUUAUCUGGUAAAGUUACUAAAUGUGUAGUCACAGUACUUGACAACAGCCUGAAGUCAUCCCCACACCACCCAGACAGGCCACAUAACUCAGAACAGCUGGAAACAAGAGGCACUCCAAUGCUUCACCCUGACAAAGGAGUGUUUUACCAUUCCACUCGAACAAGCCCAAGCCAGCACAACACACAGGGCACA